AUGCAAAAGCAAGAGGAGAUCACAACGCGCCUAAAGAAGAUCUUCGACUUAUUUCUGCGCGACAACUUUUCCACUACCGACAGUGUUUACUUUGAAAAGCUUAUAACGCACCUGCAGGCGAAGGAAAAUGCUUUUGUGCUGCAGGCGCCCUUCGUCACGGAUUGGGUGAACAAAUGCCUGACUCUAAUCAGCGAUGAUUUUCAUAAAGUGCACCCCAAGGUGAUAUCUUUCAUGCUGAAUCUGAUCAGCUUUAUGACGUCCAAUGAGUGGAUGGUGCUACGGCUGCGUGAGCUGGAUAUUAUGCAUAGGGUUGUGUUCUUUAUGCAGGCGCAAGAGCGCAACUUUAGUCCCUCAAUUAAACUAAGCGGCAUACGCGUUAUGAAGGCCGUUACCAAAUACAGCAUGGGUCUGGCAUUUCUGCAACUGCAACGGUCCUGGACGCUGCUCAUCCACUAUAGCAACAACGAGCACACAUUGUACGUGGUGCGUGAGGCACGUCAGUUGCUCUACGAGAUGCUCUAUAAAUUCUGCGACAAGAUGCAUGAUGAGGCUGUCACCCUGGAGAUUCUAUCAGAGAUUAUGAAGCCCAUACACGAUAAUGUGUACAUAACAGAUAAUAUCAGUGAUAAUACCAGCGGGGAGGAGGAGCGUAUACAUGUCAGUGUGGAUGAUAAUGAGCUGCUGCACAAGAUUUCUUCAACGGUGGAUCUGCUCAGCUAUAUACUACAGCAGACGCUGGUCAGCGAGGAACGUACAAAAAUUGUCUCGCUGUUGCGAGAGCACCACAACCUUGACCUAAAUAUCUGGAAAUUAGUCGAGAUGACGCAUAAUACGUACUACAUAGAGAAGAUGCUUAGCACACUCUGCAGUUAUCACUUUGCAACGCUGGUUCAUGAGAAAAUACUGAAUCCAGAUUGUGUAGAGCCUCCGGAGCAGUUCACCGAGUUUGGACUGUCGUUUUUUAAUCUCAUGAAAUUCUGUAUACAACGCAGUGAUGGAAUUACUUUUAUCAAAAUGGCUGAACUGCAUCACAUACUGUGGAAGAAGCUGGGCACACGAGUACCUAAGGAAAUCGUCAUACAGGACCAGCGUGUUUCAUUUGAAAAUCAGUUAAUUUGCUUUCACAUGAUGCCGCUACUCUUCUCCAUGAAGUUUGCCAUGAAAAUGGCCGAUGAGUCAAAGAGCGAACUCUUUGAUACAUACAUCAUGAAACUCCUUGAAAUGUCCUGCGAGCAAACGUUGCGUUUGUGCUAUAGCUUGCGCGAUGCUUUUAUCACACCAGAGGGUCAUACCAAUGGCGGAUUGUUCACACCGGAAUUGGCCCGGAAAUGUGUGCACAGUAUACUCUCAUUGGAGCAUGUACUGGACCGCGAGCAAGCUGUCACCGUCUGCCAGGCGCUGCUCUAUGCAUUGCGUGAGGUUGUCGCAUUCAAUCAUUCCAGCAACCACAAUGAACCCGAGGAUUGCCAUGGCGCGAGCACCUCCAGUAACUACUCUGAUAUAUAUCCACGUGGCUCUGAAGCCAUCAUCAAGGAUCCAAAAGUUUUACAUUCGGUUAUGGUUGGUCUGCGCACGCUCAUCGAGCGCUUUAAGAUUACAUGGAAGGAAUCCGUGGAGACAAUUGGUCUGGUCAACUGCUUGGCUUUUGUGCUAGAAAACUGCAACUUGGAUCCGACUUGCACCGUAGAGGCCCUAAAAUUGGUUCAAUUGGCUGUGGAGCACUUUUUGUCACCCAAUAUGGCGCUGCUUGUGGAUAACCUACAGGGCUCGGCUUUGGUUUGCCUGGGUCCCAUCAUUGUCAAACGCAUGCACGACACCGCUUGGGAAGUGCGUGAUUCCGCCUUGGAGCUGACAACAUCCAUAGCCUGCAUCUCUCGCAUAAAGUUUCCCGCAUUCCAACAGUUUCUUAUUGACGGCAAAAUGCCACCAAUUGUUUAUGAAAUGGCCAAGCAUGAUAGCGAACCAUAUGUGCGCGCCUCCGCCUACAAAUGUCUAUCAAAAAUGGUGCCCAUCAAUGCGUUGUGGGAAAAUGGACUCAGCCAAUUGGAUUUAGUGGAUCAUCUGCUAUACGUGCUGUAUCGCGAAAAUGAUGAUAUUGUACGCGCCGAGGCCAUACUAACCCUGUCCAAGAUCUACGAUCACCGUAAGAUACCAUGCAAGUAUAAGAAUACGUUAUUCUCAACGCUCAACUAUUGCGUCGUGGGCGAUCAUCACUGGGAGGUGAAGGUGAACGCGCUGUGCUUUUGGCGCAUGGAGUUUAAUCGUCAGUUCAAUAAUCAAGGCAUGAUUGAUGGCGCCUUUCCCACCGUCACAUUUUCCAAGGAACACAAAAAAAUUGUUACACUGACAGGACGUGAGGUGAAGCUGCGUGUAGCGAAAGUCUUGGCGGAGGUGCAGCAAUAUGGCUACUAUGGUAUUAUACUUAAGUGUCUGCGAGAGGAAUAUUCCAAGGAGGUGCUAAAGCUGAUUGUGACCGGCAUAAAAGCAAUGAAUGAUAAGGUGAAUGAAUAUGACUUUGAAAUCAUAUUAAAUAAUAUUGAAACGCUGACGCCGCCCGUACAAAGUUCAAACUGCAACUUUCCAUUUACGCCCGAGGAGCCCAUGUCUGUUGAACCCGUCGUGGACGAUGCUGCAGUAAAUGCGGAGCAGGCAGAUGAUGUUAUCGAAUCUAUAUUGAACGCUCAGGAUGUGCAGCUAUUGGAAAAUACAUUUAAAACGCAAAUGCAUAUCAAUAAUGAGGAUACCGAGAAGCGACAUAUUGAUGAGUUCUAUUAUAAGCAAUUUGCCGUUUCUGUGCGCGAAUGGAAGGAGGAAAUCGGUAAAUUUGACUUGGAUAAGCUAGUGAAACAGCAGGACGAGUGGUUUGAUUGCAACGAUAAUUUGGUUUGUCUGCUGGAUGACAUACUAAAUGCGAUAAAACGAGAUGAUAAUAUGAUUUCCGAUUGUUAUUAAUUAAGUUAAUGCUUUGUAAUGCUUAAUUUUUUAGGCAAAAAUUGUUUCCCCAAAAAUAAAUCUAUUUUCACAUUUA